AUGGAACAUCAAGGCGUGUUCCCCCUGGCGCUACCCAUCUUGAAAUUCUCCUAUGUUACUACUACGGCCGGGCGUACCUCGCCUCUGAGCUGGACACAUAUAUCAGGAGGCUCUGAUCUUGUAGCACUCUUUGACCAGGCGUCAAUUCCAGAUGGCGACUCCACGUGGAUACGAGAGAACCGAGUACUAAAAGUUCUACGCGGUCGUGACAUAUUGGAGGAAUUAGAUCUUGAUGCCCUUGCUAGAGAAGCUGUAACCAGCUCAUCAAGCCAGAUACAGAUAUCAAAUGCAAAAGCACCUAUCGCAGUCCUUGUGAAAUCCCCUUGUCUUGCUGUCCGGUAUCCUACGCGUCUGAACCAGAUACGCAGGUUUCAGCUGAAAUUUUCAUCUGACGCUGAUUAUCGGAAAGCUGUUUCGAUAUUAUCUGAAAUUGGCUGUCCUAUCACCGAAUCAGCUGUGGGGGGGUAUAAUCCUCCCCAGGCAUCGCGGGCGAGUCUUGACGCGUCGAACUGGCCUCAAAAUGCUGGCUCGUCUUCACUAGGACAGGCUGUAUCUCAUGUCGAGAAUCAGACCUUACUUCCAGCUGUACUUCCCACUCCGGAACCACGCCAGUCCACGGUUGGGCCAUCUCAGACACCAUACUCACCCUUUCCAUUCAAAGGCUCUGCUAUGGUCCAUGAAAACAAUAAUAUGGCUCUGCAAGGUUCAGGAUCAAGUAUUUCCAAAGAAAGACCAUCUACAGCCCCUAUUUUUCCAGAUCCAGAAUCGUUGAGUCAGCUACUUCCUCCAAAACGAGAGCUACCAUUUGCACCUCAGCGUAAACCGCAGCGCCGUGCAACAAAAGCAGGCAAAUCAGUUAGACCUCCAAAAACGGCGGAGCUGAGGCCACAGACGCAUACCGGAGAAAUACCCGUAGCAGGAAUAGCUCAGUCUGCAAUGCCUAGUCUCAACCCAAAUCGAGUUACCGUGCCCGUUAUUCCAGUUCCCGAAAUACACGCUUUGACUACGAAUCAAUCUGCGGCUUUGAUAUCUCCUAGCCACUCUUCUCAUGGUACACAUACCGUCACGCCCGCCCUAUCACCCUGCAGACCAACCCCUUAUCAUACACCAGGACAAAAUGGGACUUCGCAAAACUAUGCCGACCGCGCUAAUAUCAACCCCCUCCCCGUACUGAAUCCAACUGAUCUUCAUUACGGCACCACUCCCCUAAGCUAUCACCAGCCUACAACUCAGCAGAUUCCCGUCCAGCCAACUCAAGAAGGGAAUUUUACCAAUACAGUCAGAAGCACAAUCAAUCCUGGCUCGCAACUGACGGUCACCACGGCCGAUCUAUCCUCGUACCUUUCGUCGCCGCCCUCAGAGCGCUCGAAGCUUGUUGAGUCCUGGGUAUGCCAGCAAUUGGAGAGUGAUGAGUUUCUGGCUCUUUGCCAGGAUGUGGAGGGUGUAUGGAAGCGAAUUGCUUUUGGAAUUUGA